AGCCUGACAGUCUGUUUCAAAUUUUUAUACACAUUGGUUUUAAAGAGUCUGAUUUUAUGCUUGUGUUUGCUUGAUUUUUCUUGAUUUUUAUUUUAAAUACAAAAUUUAUAUACCAUUAUGGACAAUGUAACUAAAUUAAAUCACAAUUCUGAUUUGAAAAGUUUUUAUCCUUCAAAAAAAUCCCUUCAUUCGCCACCGUCUAUAAAGCCGAUGUUGGAUGUACCAUGUUUGGCUGAGGAGUCGAGUUCAAAUAAACUUAGUAACUCUGUAGUGACAAUCGAUUUAUCUGAUGACAGUCUAAUUGAGUCUAGUGAUCUUAACGAGAUCAACAAUAAUAAAUGUGAAGGACAGCGUUUAAGUAUUAGCAGUGAUGACAGUGUCAAUACUCUUGUUCCAAGCCCUGCCAAAGAACCUCUCAAGCCUGCAAUCAAAAAAAUUUACACCUUUUCCGACUCUGACGAUGAUUCAUUUCUCGAUAUUCCACUGUCUCAAAGGAUUGGAUUAGGAGACAAAGUCACUUGUGACUCUAAUAAAGAUUCAAGUCCAAAUUUAGUAUCUCAGGAUGAAAACAGUAGGAAGGUAGAACUUAACUGGCUUGAUGAUGAAGACAGUAUUGAAGCAUGGACGUUAACUAAGGAUAAUAAUGAUACUAAAUCAUCCGAUGCCGAAAAAAGUUCUCCAAUAAAAUCCCGCCAAUCUUCUUUAGAUAAAGAUGUGUCGCCUUUCAAACAACCCAAGAUCACUAAAAAAAUUGAAAAGAGACCAUACCAAAGUGAAACUCCCCCACAUAUCUCUUAUACAUCUUUAAAAGAGAAAAAUUUGAAGAAUGAUCCUCCAUCUACUUCUGGAUUGAGCGAUGAAGAAGCGUACAAAAUAGAUGAUACGAUUACUCCGGCAAGAAAACGUCGCACCCCUGAAGAAAUAAGAAAGUUGAAAGAGGAAAAGGAAAGAAGAAAAGCCGAAAAGGCAGAGGAGAAAAAAGCCAAAGAAAAGAUGAAGAUGAAAGAGAAGGAGAAAAAAGCAGCUCUAAGAGAAGCUGGAAGAACCAAGUUAUUAACUGACUGUCAUAAGUUCUGUAAAACCUUUGUUGACAUUGCUUUAUUGGAAAAGUUCAAAAUAUCGGAUGAACUUCAAGCCAUUUUUAAAGAGAAAGAAGCACCACUUAUUUUGGACACUAAUAAUCCAGUCGAUUGCGGCAUUAGAUGGGUCAGAGAACAAAGAGAAAUGAUUGAAGAAGGAGAAGAUGACACAAGUGUCGUCAAUUUAAUACGAAAAGAUGUUGAAGCAGAUGUCAUUUUCAAAGUUUUACAUGCAACAGAGUUUAUUCCUUUGGUAAAUGUCUCUGUUUCCAAAAUUGAACUUGAAUCAAGUGAUGAUGAAUCCGACAAGGAGAGUUGUAAUCAGACUCUAUUUGAAUUUGUUACCUCUUUAUUAGAUGCUUAUGAUAAGAAUUUGACUUUGAUCUUUUAUGGAUACGAAAAAUAUUGGAAUCAACAAAAGAACCGAGAAAACCAAGAAUAUCGCGCUAAAAUGGGUAUGGCCAAGAAAAGAGUAACCAAAAAUAAGGACACUCUUCCAUUAAUAAAAAAGAGUGAACUAGACUUAGCUAUAUUCGAUCUGCAAGUUAAACUCAACGAAUCAUCAUAUUCAACUAAACAUGUCCACAUCAUUCAAUCUGAAACACCAGUCGAUCUCUGUAAUAUUAUUUGGGCUCAUACUCGUUCCACAGCAAUGUAUGUAAUCAAAAAAUCCCAACGAGAACAACAAGGACUUGAAUGGUAUGCUCAAAACGAUGGCUUUGGAUCAGUCGACAUCGUAGAGGACUCAGAUAUAACCUCUCUUUGGAUCAAACAGUUGAUGUCAUUUACCAAAAUGAGUCUUGAAAUGGCCAAAGCGGUUUCCGAAGUUUAUCCUUGUCUACAAUCUUUAUUAAGCGCGUACAAACUAUGUACAAACCAAGAAGAAAGGGAAAAUCUUUUAGGUUCAAUUGAAGUAUCUCGAAAAAAUUUGAUGACUGGAACCACUUCCAAAAAAUUAGGACCACAAGCUUCUCGACGAAUCUAUCAAUAUUUUACUACGCGCGAUGGUGAAGCUAUUAUUGAAUAAGCAUUUAUUGAAUGAUACAUUAUAUCACAAAAAAUAUGGCUACAUAUUGUAAAUAUUAUUAUUUUAAUAUCAUGAAAUCUUGUCAGAUAAAUAUUUAUAAAGAUUGCUUUACUUAGACUGCUUAAUGGCGUAUUUUUCGCAAAAAAAUACUUCAAUGACUUGAAUUGCCUGAUAAUUUUCUCUAAAUUAAUAAUUGAAAUUUCUUCGUGUACAAUUGAACAAAGAACAGUAAAAAACAAAGAAUCUUUAAUAGAUAAUGUUUGAUGUAUCAUACCAUGAUUUACUAGACAUUGAAAUUCUCGCCAGUUAUUGUAAAUUCGGAAAAGAUGAUAAAGAACUUAAAUCGUCAUAAAAAAUAUUGAAAUCAACUGCA